CCGCAGCUGCCCAUGGCCACUUCGACUUCGCUCCAUCACGAAUUCACGAUACAUCUUCUGAGAUACACAGAAACGGAUAUCGCAAGAGAAGCUAAUGGGUUCCUGCGUCUCCCGCCCAGGGGUGAUGUCAACAGCGAAAGAGUCCGUGCACGAGCUCACGGCCAAGGUCGUGGAUUUGGACGGCGCCAUGGCGCAGUUUGCGGCGCCGGUCACGGCGCACGAGGCCCUGGCCGCCGCCGCCGCCGCCGCCGCCGCCCGCGGAGCAUCGUCGCACUUCCUCUGCUGCUCCGACGAGCUCUACUUCGACGCGCCCGUCCGCGCGCUGGGCGCGCGCGACGCGCUCCAGGCGGGGCAGCUCUACUUCUUGCUACCGCUGCCCAUGCUCCACCGGCCGCUGUCCGGCCAGGACAUGGCCGCGCUCGUCGUCAAGGCCAUCGUGGCUCUCAGCGCGGCGCCCGUUGGCGCUGCCAUCGAUGCGGGCCGUGUCUCUACCGGCGUGCCGUCGCGGGACAAGAGCGGGGUUGGUGCCGGUGCGGCCGGCAAGCAGAGGCGGCAGACGGGACGAGUCGCGCCGCUCGACGUCGUGAGCGGCGAUGGGAGUGGACACGCCGAUGGCGAGUGCAAGAGAUACCACGUGAACGGCGGAUACGACGCGCGCAACGCGGUGCACGGUGAUCGGACGCUGGGGAAGACGAGAAAUGGAGCUGGUCACGAAGGUGUCACUCGUCGUCUUGCACCCGUGCAGAGGUUAAGCGUGAUCGUGGAAGCAGCUAGUGAAUGAUCCAUCGAUAACUAAUCUGAUCAUGGCUUAGGUAGCCUGUAAAUUAUUUUAGUUGGUUCGCCGUCACUUUGUGAGGAGAUCGAUGCACAGAAUGUUCAGUAAAUGUUUUGAUUCUUUGA